CAGGUAUUUCUUGACUGGGAGUGCCAGGCAGAAGUCAGCGCCAUCUUUGCUUCUCCUGAAAAGACUGAAGGGCAACUCUAAAGGCAGGAGUCGUCUUUCGCUUGAACCCUCUCUUCUUCGGAGUGAGUUAAGGUUUAAGAGAACGCCAGAAUGGAGAGCUGCCGUCUAUUCAAAAGUUUAACAGACUUUCCACGAUGCAAUGGAUUAAGAGGUACAAAAUACCUGGAUCAGGUGUCAAGGUUUGUGUCUGAACGAAGGAGCACGACACUCAGUCUAACUAACCCAGCUGGUGCCACACUGACGAUCGGACCCAUGAAGGACACAGAAUACAAAGACAAGCCAGAGGAAGUGAAUGGGUGCAGCAAGUUUUACCUUCCCACCAAAUUACAGUUUCAGGUCAUCGGUUAUGUGGAAGGAGUCUCGUUUACCUGUGAGCAGCUGAUUCUGAUGAUAAACGAGAACGGGGAGUUUUAUGGUUAUGAUGGAGAUCAGAUGCAUCUGGUGGCUUCCAGCAUAGAGGAACUAAUUCAAAAUGGAUUGGACUAUCCUUCAUCCAAGAGCUAUUACUACGGAGAAGCCUUCAAAGAUAUGACACAAGAGGACUGGGAAAAGGUGAGAAGCAGUCCUUUGGGCCAGAGGUUGGAUAAAGAGCAUCGUGAACUGGUGGCUUCACAAAAAUCUCGAGUCUCAGAGAUCAUGAGAAUCAAAAGACAGAGGUUAGCCCAGCAGCGUGGCAGUGGCCUUCCUUCUCGCAUAAACCAGCUGCAAACAGCAACGUGAUAAAAUAAAAGGCUCCUUCAAAGAGACUCUCAGGUUUGCAGGACCUUGAACAGGUGCUGCCUAUACAGGAAGGAGGAUACUUCCACUUUUGAAAGGGAAACCAGGUUUUUCAUUUUUUUAAAUUAUUUCCUUGAGCCACUAGGUGCUGAAAUGAGCCUUUACAGGGUUAAUGUAAAGUCACUCCGCCCCCUGUGGUCAGAAUACCACACCAGACCACUCCCCUGAAGUCCCACAAAGUCUCUACAGCUGUCCAUGCUUACACCUCAGAACAGAAGAGCUAUACCUGGUCAGCUGUCCAUGCUUACACCUCAGAACAGAAGAGCUAUACCUGGUCAGCUGUCCAUGCUUACACCUCAGAACAGAAGAGCUAUACCUGGUCAGCUGUCCAUGCUUACACCUCAGAACAGAAGAGCUAUACCUGGUCAGCGUUUAUUGUAAUGUUUAUCAUGGUGCAGCAUCAGAAGAAAACGUUUUAUCUCCACAAAAGGAGUCAAACAACACUAGCACAUACUGGCUCAAGAAAAUUGUUAAAAAAUAUAAAAAAGGUUCCUUAGUUUGCCUUUAAAUAAAAUAUUUCUUGUACUUGGAGAAAUAAGUCACCAAAGUCCUCAAAUCGUGAAAGGGGGCAGUGUCGGAAGCAGAAGAAAGAGAAGAGGGUGGAGCACGUAAUCAUGCAUGCAUGUAAAUAAGCUAAUAAGUGCCUUUAUUUCUCUCUGGGCAGCAAGCUGAGUACAUUUAAAUGACGUCCUAAUUUCUGUCAUCUAUAAAGCAGAAGUUUUAGGAGUUUGACUGACGCGAUGGUCUGUUGCAGUUGUGGCGUGUUUUUAAGAGACAAGAUGAAUGUGACCUCAGGUUUGAGGUAACGGGUGUAACUUCCUCUUACCUCAUGUUAUGUGGCACUAUCAGUAUUACAUGCAUUUGUCAACAAGACCUCUGAGCUUGACAACUGUGUAAUAACUGCGAGAUGAUAAAGGGUUGGAGCACUCAGGUCAGAGGAGUUUUUUACGCUGAGCAGAUAAAAACCAACACUUCGACAGCCCUUUUCAGUCUUCUCAGAUUUUUUUUUCAUGUGAACAUUAAAAUACUCAGACCUCUU